GCCGAGCGGUCCGGCAAGAUGGCGCUGCUGCGGCAGGCGUACAGCGCGCUGUUCCGCCGCACCUCCACCUUCGCCCUCACCAUCGUCCUGGGCGCCGUCCUCUUCGAACGCGCCUUCGACCAAGGGGCCGACGCCAUCUUCGAGCACCUCAACGAGGGGAAACUGUGGAAACACAUCAAGCACAAGUAUGAGACAAGUGAAGACUGAAAUGCUCAGCAGCAGGAUCCAGCCUGAGGUGGCAAAAGACACCACAGAGAAGGAUUCGGCCUCCUGAAACCGGUUGUAUCAAAAUGGAGAUGGAUUCUUGAUUGAACAACUCCGAGCCAGAUUAUAUCAGCUGUCUACUGAUAUGAUGUAAACCAAGAUGGACUCAAGGAGUUCUGCUGCUGUACUCAAACUUACUGUGUGUUAAAAUAAAAAUUUCUUG